UAUUAUGUAUUAUGUUAGGAAUUUAUAUGUAUUCUAGUAUACAAUUCUGCACAUAGAUUGUACUUUCUUUACACCGCUAAUCACUAGACAUCAUUUCCUCCUCCUAAGCCUAAGGAUCAGGCAUUGCCAAUUUUGACAUCACUAUGCCCCCAAAAAAAACUGCUGACUCAAAUCUCCUGGAAAUUGUGGGUCCAAAAGGGAAGAAUUGAUUAAGCCUAGCCGCUUUCUUGCUCACAAGUCUAAAGCUUUUCCGAUUUUCCUCUUCAAGUCUAAGUAUGGGUUCACACCAUCCCAGAAUGAUUGGGAUACAAGCUAGGAAUGAGAGUCUUUGAUUGGUCUAAGGGGGCUGCAAUUCUGCAAAAGGUUCAGAGAUGACUGUCUCUCCUCCAUGCCUGGUGUCAACAUCAUAGCCUCCUCUUCCUCCAUCACCCAAAUCUGUUCUUUCUUCUUUAAACUGACCUAGAAAGAAGCACCCAUACAUUCUUUUCUUAUUUUAUUAUCAAUUUUGGAUCUUUAAAUCUUCAGUUUCUUCACCAUCAUUCUAUGUUUCUGUUUUUUAUCUUAUCAGGAACACCACAAAGCACAAAGCUUUUUCCCCCUAAAUUUUGCAGCUUUAACUCACAGUGACAGUGAGGAUUAUCCAGAAGGAAGACAUACCUGGUAACAAGGAUCAAGAAUGUUUCCAACAGCCAUUGCCACCUGCAUUCUUUUGUUCUGCCUGAUCUUGACCUCCUCCUCACUUCCUUCCCAGAUUGAGAAUGCCACCCUCACCCUUACCAGCCCACACCCCAACCCUGAAGCUGUGAUUCAAGAAGUUCAAAGGAAAGUAAAGGAAUCAGUAUGGAGAAGAAACCUUUUGUUGUUAACAGAGAAGGACCAAUGCCAGACAGGAAACCCGAUUGACGACUGCUGGCGAUGCGACCCGAACUGGGCCAACAACCAGCAGCUAGCCGACUGCGCCAUUGGCUUCGGGCGAGAAGCAACGGGCGGGAAAGGCGGCAAGAUUUAUGUAGUCUCCGACUCGUCCGACGACAGCGCCGUCGAGCCAAAGCCGGGAACUCUCCGCCACGCGGUGAUCCAAACGGAGCCGCUCUGGAUCGUCUUCGCCGCGGACAUGACCAUCGACCUCCGACACGAGCUCGUCGUCAGCAGCUACAAGACCGUCGACGGGCGCGGCUCCGCCGUGCGGAUCACCGGCGUAGGCUGCAUCAUUCUCGAGUCCGUUAGCAACGUCAUCAUCCACAACCUGCAAAUCUACAACUGCGUCCCCUCGAAGAGGGAGGAACUAGGGUUAAGCCCGACGCAGAGAGAGAAAAAAUCCAAAUCAGACGGCGACGGGAUAACUGUACGCAUGUCGAAGGACAUAUGGAUCGAUCACUGCGCUCUAUCCAAGUGUACGGACGGCCUGAUUGAUGUCACGGAGGGAUCCACCGCGGUCACCAUAUCCAACAGCUACUUCUCCCACCACGACAAAGUCAUGCUGUUGGGACACACCGACAGCGACUCCGCCGACGACGGAAUGCAGGUCACCGUAGCGUUUAACCGGUUCGGAGAAGGUCUAGAGCAGAGGAUGCCGAGGUGUAGACGAGGGUACUUUCACGUGGUCAACAACGACUACACGUCGUGGGGACUGUACGCCAUCGGCGGUAGCGGAAAUCCGACCAUCAACUGCCAGGGUAACCGCUUCACGGCGCCGGCGGACACAAACUUGAAGGAGGUGACAAAGCGACUGGAGGCAGAGGAGAAGGAAUGGCAAGAUUGGAAUUGGAGGUCAAACGGAGAUGUAAUGGAAAACGGAGCGUUCUUUGUACCCUCCGGUGACGGGAAAGACGAUAUAUACGCCAAAGCCUCCAGCACGGAGCCCAUGUCCGGCGUUCUCAUUGAUCAGCUAAUACAGAACGUCGGCGUCCUCUGUGGCCCCGGGCUCACCGGCGGCGUCAAGCAAAGCGGCGACGGAAGUAGUAACUGGAACGGAUACAUGGACGGCGAAAUGAACUUUGGGGGCGGGGCUUCAUCACCACAAUCAGCCACUGUCGCUAUAUUUUUGUCAUUUUUUCUACUUGUUAACUCUUUGAUCUUUUAAUACUAAAAGAUAGAAUGUAAUAUAUUUAUAUUUAAGUAAGAGAUCACAAGUUUGCUUCUCAGAUGUAUCAAAUCAUUU